AUGGACAGUGUCGCCACACACAACGCGCCCCUCCAGGACCAGGUGCCACUGGAAGUUCAGGAAAAAAUAAUCCAGCAACUUGAUCCUGUCGGCCUCAUAUCUCUCAGCCAAACCAGUCGCUUUUUUCGGAACCUGAUUCGGCCAGGGAGGAAUGAAUUUGCGGAGCGACUGCUCAUGAUAGAAUGCCUGGAGCGAUAUGGAGGUGGCACCUCACUUUUCUACACAACAUUCCUGGGCAAUGUAGAGCUACACCGAACCCUUGGCCCCUGGGAAGGCCAGCGGUGGGCAUGCACCAGCUGUUUGAAAUUACUUCCCCACAGUCACUUUGAUAACCACUCUCUUCUGCGGCUUCGCAACCGGAAGCCAUCACCGGAAUGGCCUACUGCUGGCCUCACGACGUCGUGGGUCCCUUCUCUACACGGGAGGAACUCGGGGCGGAAAGCCAGGCAGCUGACAAAACUGGCAAAACUAGAGGAGAAGAAUGUGAUGGUGGAGAGCGGUGAGGACUGGCCCGUGCCCGAUAAGGAACGCUGCGGAUAUGGUCGUCGAAAACGUCGAUGCAAUGAGUGUCGAUUCAAGGAGAGAGCGCUCACACCGUAUCUACCGCGAUCGGGAAUCGACUGGGAGGGUGGUACCCGAGAAGUGCCCAUCGUCCGAAGCCGGCAACUUUUACUGGAUUCGUGUUUCCACCGAUAUUUUCCCAGACUUGGGGACGUGUUGCAAUGCAAACCGCCACCGUUUCCACCACGCGUAUACCGACCUUGCCGAUGGGAUGAGGCUCAUGAGCCUUGGACACUGUACAUGAUCCGCUGCCCUGGAUGCGAACGAUGGAAGGAGGCCUAUGCAUUUCGGAUUGGCCCUCUCUAUGUAAAGCGGACGCUAGUUCACAACCAAGACGGCGAAUUGAAGUAUUAUUAUUCCAGGAAAGAUGAUUACACCCAUUGGGAAAGGAAGAAAAUAUCUCUCAAGGACCUGCGGUGCAAUAAUUGCGUCGAGCGGCAGCAGGGACGCCAGGCCUUGAUUGAGGCUCUCCUGCUCUGGUUUCGUAUGGUUCAAUUUUCUCAUCGCAGGGAAAUUGAGAAACGACUUCAAUCUAUCCACUGGCGGUUGGAUUUCUUCGAUGGGGAAUUCACUGAACACAAAGAGGAGAUCAAAGAUAUACUGAGGGAGAAUACGGGAGAUGUUGGUCUUAUGGAAUACGGCACAAUUGCGGCAUUACGCACACAGGCUGCACAGUUUCGGGAACUAUGGGGGAGAAUGAAACAUACCAAUCCUGUUCUUGCAGAUGACAUAACACGAGAUGGAAUAAUUCCUCUCUGGAUGGAUCACUUUUCAGAGUCUGAGGCGGAGUGGGCAUGGCUGCUGGCUUGCCUGGCAAAGGUUGAAGAGAACCCGGGCCUCUUGGCAGACUGGGCACUAGAGCAGGAUGCUGGAUCAUUGGAAUGGUGGGCAUGA